UGCCCGCAGCGCCGGCAGGAGCGCAGCGCCGCGCAGCCGGGCGCGCACGGUGGGAGCGGCCCGCGAGCGGACGGGCCCGGCGGUGACCGGCGCCGCUGCUGUCCUGCUCGCUCUCCGCCGCCGCCCAUGAGCGCCGCGCCGCGCGGCCCGGGUCCGUAGGCGGCGGGGCGCCCCCCCCCCCCUUGCUGCUGCAGCCCGCGCCGUGCGCCCCGAGCGCGGGCUUCCCGCGGCCCCCGGCCGCCCCCGGCGCCAUGCACGGCUCGCAGAAGGACACCACGUUCACCAAGAUCUUCGUGGGCGGCCUGCCCUACCACACCACCGACGCCUCGCUCAGGAAGUACUUCGAGGGCUUCGGGGACAUCGAGGAGGCCGUGGUCAUCACCGACCGCCAGACGGGCAAGUCUCGCGGCUACGGCUUCGUGACCAUGGCCGACCGGGCGGCAGCGGAGAGAGCUUGCAAGGACCCUAACCCCAACAUCGACGGCCGCAAGGCCAACGUGAACCUGGCGUAUCUGGGUGCCAAGCCGAGGAGCCUCCAGACGGGCUUUGCUAUUGGCGUGCAGCAGCUGCACCCCACCUUGAUCCAGCGGACUUACGGGCUGACCCCCCACUACAUCUACCCACAAGCCAUCGUCCAGCCCAGCGUGGUGAUCCCGGCGGCCCCCAUGCCGCCGCUGUCGUCGCCCUACAUCGAGUACACGCCAGCCAGCCCGGCCUACGCCCAGUACCCGCCGGCCGCUUUUGACCAGUACCCGUACGCCGCCUCGCCCGCCACGGCCGCCAGCUUCGUGGGCUAUGGCUACCCGGCCGCCGUGCCUCAGGCGCUGUCGGCCGCAGCCCCCGCGGGCACCACGUUCGUGCAGUACCAGCCUCCGCAGCUGCAGCCCGACAGGAUGCAGUGACGGCCGCCCCGUCACCCGCACGCCAGGGAAGCGGCCGGCUGGGCGCCUGCACACGUACCUCUGGGGACCCCGCGGGAGCCCCGCCUGACCCCGGACGGACUGGAGACCACGUCCCUUUAAGUCCAGGGCCCGCCGUCCUGAGGGGGCCCUUUGGGAAACAGGAACGGCCGAGAGCUCUUUGAAGAUACAACCCAGACCUCGCACACACCGCCAGCCUUCUGCCCCCCCCCCGCCCCUGCCCUCCCCUCGUCCCAUGCGCCCACAGACCUGUCCCCGCAGCACCCGGCCGGGGCCCCUCGCCCCCUCCCCAGACUGGCUGCCCUGCGUCCCGCUCGGAGAUGCCUUGCUGCGGGGGCACCCGAGGGAGCAGCAGAAGCGGGCGGUGAGCUGCGUGGCAGGGGUGUGGGGGGACCGUCCGCCUCCGGAACCCGCAUUUACUAGGCGACAGCCCGCCCCACGCUGGCGACGGGGAGCCGGCCCACUUCCCCUUCUGUCGAGCUGCAACUUUUUUCUUAUCGUCCUUAUUUUGCUACUAAGAUGAUUUCAGAAUCGUAGUCUAUUUUUUCAAUGGGACCUCCCACCACCAAGAAUCCAGCACCUAUUUUUGACUUUGAGAGACUCGCUUUUGUCGACGGCUCCACGCAAGGAGGCCGCAGCAGCCAUGUCACCUGCCAGCUCACGGCCGGAGCCUCCAGGCAGGUCCCUCUGGGACAGGAAGCUGUCUCAGUUUGUCCCCUGCCAGCCACAAAGGGCAGGAGGGAGUGUGGCCCGAGGUGACGCUGUCGGAGGGCAGGGCCCUGGCUCCCUCCCUCGUGGGGUCACCUGCUCCGUACCCGCCGGGGCAGUGGGGCCGAGCAGAGACACCUCCUGCCUUCCUGGAAGGGGGCUCUGUCUUGGGCGGGGGGGCGGGGGAGGCGAGAGGUUCCAACAGGCCGCCCGGGGGGUGGGGGGGCUCCCGGCCGGGGCACCUGGGCUGUGCAGUGGCCCCCACUCAGGAAGAGGGGAGUGAGCCGAGGGGCAGGCUCGCACAGGAGACGGGGGGCGGGCCACCGAGCUGGGGGCGCUGGGGGUGUUCCUUCGGACCUACCUCAGGGAAGUGGGUGGCCUCAGGGGGCUGACUGACGCGGGCACACGCCUCGCGGCACGCCUGGUACUGAGUCAAAGCCCAGAAAAUAAAGGUAGCUAAUAUUAUAAUAAUAUUUUUAUUAGAA